CGGGGGAGGAGGCUGCCGUGGGGGCCGGCUUGGAGUGGGAUUCGACCCACGGCGCUGACCGAGUGCUGGACCGCCGGCCGUCGGGUUCCCGGGACUGCGCCCACCGCUGCUCCGGGUCACCCCGGCCGAGGGGCUGGCCGCGGGAGACCUCAGGGAAGGCUCGGGCUGCCGGGCCGGGCGCCAUGUCCAUGGAGGACCCCUUCUUUGUGGUGAAAGGAGAGGUACAGAAAGCAGUCAACACUGCCCAAGGAUUGUUUCAGAGAUGGACGGAGCUCCUUCAGGGCCCCUCUGCAGCAACAAGGGAAGAAAUCGACUGGACCACCAACGAGCUGAGGAACAACCUCCGCAGCAUAGAGUGGGAUCUGGAGGACCUCGAUGAGACUAUCAGUAUAGUUGAAGCAAAUCCUAGGAAAUUCAACCUCGAUGCAACGGAAUUGAGCAUAAGAAAAGCCUUCAUCACAAGUACUCGGCAGAUCGUCAGGGACAUGAAGGAUCAGAUGUCAUCUUCAUCCGUGCAGGCAUUGACUGAAAGGAAAAACAGACAGGCGCUACUUGGAGACAGCAGCAGCCAGAACUGGAGCACAGGAGUGACGGAUCGAUACGGGCGCCUUGAUCGAGAGCUGCAGCUAGCCAACUCCCAUUUCAUUGAGGAGCAGCAGGCGCAGCAGCAGUUGAUUGUGGAGCAGCAGGAUGAGCAGUUGGAGCUGGUCUCCGGCAGCAUCGGGGUGCUGAAGAACAUGUCCCAGCGCAUUGGAGGGGAGCUGGAGGAACAGGCAGUCAUGCUGGACGACUUCUCUCAUGAGUUGGAGAACACUCAGUCUCGACUGGACAAUGUGAUGAAGAAACUUGCAAAGGUGUCGCACAUGACCAGUGAUCGGCGCCAGUGGUGUGCCAUAGCCAUCCUCUUCGCAGUCCUGUUGGUCGUGCUGGUCCUCUUCCUGGUGCUGUGAUGUCAUCGGCCCUCCUCAGGCCCUCCUGCACUGGACCUAGGGGAGAGGAGAAGCAAGCACUCCGCCACUUACAUUCCUCUCCCAGAGACUGGCCUCUGCCCUGCUUCCUCUGUGACUCCACCACUGAGACAGCCCUCUCUCCCAGCACUGGAAGGGCAAGGCUGGAAGAGGAAAGAGGUGACCACACUCCCGGCUGGAUAGCAGAAGCCCCAGCUGCCCAUUCUUUCUGAGGACAACUAGCCACUGCUUUGCCUUACUGGACCUCGCUCCUCGAGGAAGACUCAGAAUCAUCAAAAGAAGUAACAGCCCCAUUUAUUGCUUAUUUUUCUGGUCUCUGGCAGCCCCUUCCCUCUGCUCAGACCCUUGCCCUGCUUAGAUGGGUGCCGCCGUCCCUUCAAAAGAAACCUGGCAAGAAUGGGGCAUUUGGGGAUGACGUUUCCCACAGCUGUUGGAUUAGCCCCUGAGAGCUGGCUGUUGGUGAGGACAGAGGCUCAGAAACCGUUCAUGACAGAACUGCAGUGUUUCACUUUGCUGGGUGAGGGCUGAGGUUAAAUUGCUUUUCCAGGUGUGUUUGUGGCAGGGCUGAGCACAGGAAAUAGUGAAGUCCCUGGGGGUUUGGAGGUGCUGAGGACAAAUGGCUUUAAUGGACAGGAGCAGCUGAGAGCAGCAGCCCCUGUGUUGGUCCAGCUUUAUGAAGGGCUGGCAGUAGCUCCAGAGGCCGGCCAGACCCGCCGCCGGUCCCAGAGAUGCAGCUGCACGUUAGAGCACCCCUGCGCACAGCCUUGAACAGCAUAGCGGCACUGGGUGGGUGAGACUCGCCUUCUGCCCAGGUGCCUUUAUUCUGAUAGCAAGGCACUCAGAGUGAGGGGGAGGGGUCAGGCAUUUAUUACAUUUAUGCAGAAACUGUCCUGACACUGAAAGGCUGGUUGUGGGUCAGAUGCCCCUUACUCUGUAAUAGCUUGGGUGGGUGAGGGAACCUGAUACUUUGUUCUCUGAGUGACACUUUGACUCCAUUGUGACAGACCGUUUAUUGGGUUGAAGUUGUGAGAGCUGCUGACACUAAACUUCAGGCUUCGGGCGACUGUUUUGAUGCUCCAAUGUGCACAUAUAUGGAGGAUUUUCAUACCGUCCCUGAUGCAUUAACCUGGUAUUAAAGUCGCUGUCAGACCCUGAGCCUACCCUUCACAAGGAGGCUGCCCCUCAGUCAUCUUCUGUGCUGGAAAGAGCGGCAUCUGGACAGUUUGACCUUUGACCUCCCUUGCUUUGCCUUUCUGUGCAUUCCUUAGCACGCCAACUUUAAAAAAAAAAUCCUGGGUCGUUCAUAUUCCUUGGGAUUUUUGAUUUUUGGAUCCCUUUUUUGUUUUGUUAUUCCCAAUGAUGUGCUUGCCCAGCUAACUUUUAAAUUGCACUUUUAAAUAAAUAUUUGUAACAGUUUUUAAAAGAAGGAUAUUUUAUCUGGUUUAGGAUCAUGAUAGGUAAGGAAAUCUACCUGUUGGUGGAAGCUAAAGAAGAUUUGUAAAACCAAAAGGAUUGUCCGCACCACGUUUACAUCCAGCUCUGGUGCUGGAUACAGAGAUGUUAUUUCUUGUCAGAUUGGGGAAAUGUGAAUAUUACAAAGGGCUCCAAUGUAGGGUUCUGUGUUAUUUAUGUUUCAUGGAAUCUUAAGGUUUGAAUAGUCUUCUGUGAACUUAGACCAUGGAUAGUCCUUAGAUUUGCAUUAAAAUAUAGAAGCCUUUUGUUAAAAGUCAAUGUGGGCCUUGUCUGAGUGCUGUAACCCACACUCCACAUUACAAAGCCGUGAGCAGUCAGAGUAUUAAAAUUUCCCUGUUUAAAGCCAUGUUCUUCUGCUACUAGAAGAAUGUCCUUCAGACCCAUUCAGAAAUGCCUGCUGCUUUAGUAGGAUUCUCCCAUCAGUUCAGGGAUGAGGUUUUGUUACUCUGGGCUUAGUUUUAUUGGAUCUGUUUUGAAUUGGUAUGUGGACCUCAUUGAUUUAUCUGCUGCACAGUGUUGUAGACUUGAAGCUGAGUGAGGAGUAUGCAGAGAGAAAGCCAACUUCAUACGCAGGGGUUCCUUCUUGGCCACAUACUCCCACAGCAGCUGGCCUAGUCCAAGACCAUCCUGUUGUCACUUCAGAGCCAGGGCUCCUUUAAAAUUGUGGCAAAGAGAAAAAGGACAUAGCUUUCUUCUUUAGUGCUCCGGAGAGCUGAAGGGGUUCUUCCACCGUGCAUCCUAGAACAGGGAAGGGGUGGGCAGCAGGGUACCCCACACUGCCCAGGAGUGUCUUCUGCAGAUGCCCCUCAUCCCAGCCUUCUGCACUUGGUCUCACAUCCAUCAUGGUUAAGGAACUGGCAGAAGACGCUGGGUAGCAGAGAGAUCUCAGCGUGUUUACUGGAAGAGCACUUCACUUAGCUGAUUGGAGUGAGGUGGAGGAUGGUCCAUGGAGAGCAUCUGCCAGAGUCUGCCCACACACUUGGGGUCUUGUCUUUGUUUGGGCUGGGAAGUCACAGUGCUGGGCAUGCCCUGGGCUGCGAGCACAGGGAACUGUCACGUAUGCCUGAGCACGCAGGCUGUAUUUUCCUUCAGUUCCGAAUUCACACUAGAGCUGAAGCAGGAAGUUUGGUAACUUGCCCAUUAUUCCCUGCUUUUAGCCAGAGUUAAACAGACUGGUGGGUCUGGUAGCCAACAACUUGGCAACUCCCCUGCCUUCUCACCUCGUGCGAGUAAGGGCUGGGAAGAGAAACCCAGUCCGACUCCAGCGGGCGUCUGUCUCUGUCGAGGGUUUUACCUUCUGUAAGGAAAGGUGCUGCAGCCAAGGUUUUUCUUCUGGUAAUUUCUCUGCCCACAGAGUGAGACCAGAGGGGCAUUCUUAGCGCCUGCAGACCCAAAGCUCACGGGAGGAAUGAGUUCACCUCUGUGGACUUGGUGCAGGUUGGCUUUGCCUUGUGUGCAAAGUGAAUUUGUGAACAAAGCAGAAAUGGAGGAUCUGGAAAGCAGGUUAUAAAAUGGGGUGCAGCACCUGCCAUUUCCUCCCCCUCUCUCUCACUGCACAGCCUCCCCUCCCAGAUUUGCAGGAACGAUGGAUUUUUGUUUAUUUUUAAAAGUGCACUUUGUCCAUUAAAAGUAGAGAGAAGGCAGCAUCAGAAUUCCCAAGUGUGCCCGGCGGUGAUGGAGCAUGCUUAGUCCCAGCACUCGAGAGAUAGAGGCAGGCUGAUGUCUGUGAGUUCGAGGCCAGCCUGGUCUACAGAGCAAGUUCCAGGACAGACUCCAAAGCUAUGCAGAAACCCUAUCUCUAAAAACAAACAAGUAAAUAAAAGUAAAAAAGAAUUCCCAAGUGUAUUAGCUCUCCAUCACUGCCCACCCCUGAAGGGAAGACUCCCCAACAAGAGAACUUACCAGGCCACUGGAGACCCAGCCAGAGGAUCUUCCCUGAAAACCAUCUCACUCUUGAGAGUGCCGCAGGUGGCCUGGUGAACUGGGAAAGGCACCUCCUGCCAAGCCAGGUGACCUGCCUGUGCUCCCCAGAACCCACCUGGCGGAAGACGAGACCUCACUCCCACAGGUUGUCCUCUGACCUCUGCAUUCAUGCUGUAUCGUGGGUGUGUGCAUGCACACAUGCACAAAUAUAUAGAUGUACAUUUUUUUAAAGGAAAAAAAAGGACGACAUUGGCCUGUUGUAUAUAAGCAUGGAUGCCACUGCCACCCGUUUCUUAUUAAAGCUCACUGGGCUGCUUUGCUGUCUGGUUUUGAAUCCAGAAAAGCAUGAGUUUGGAGUGAAACAGCUCCUGGGACCUGGGCAGCAGGGCUGUGACAGGACGGGGAUGAAGCCGCGAAAGAGCCACCUUUGCCGUCAUUGUCGUCACUGCCACUGAGACGAGGGGCAAGGGCCAUCGGAAAAGUAGCACUGUGGGCUACUCUUAGUGCAAGUCACGCACUCGACGCUGGCCGUGGUAGCGGGACUCAGGCUUCGCUAACUCCUCACCCUGCUGUGUUUUGCCUUGGGACAAACACGGAAGCUCUGGGAACUGCAUGGUGCCCUUUCGUUCAGGUGGCUGCUGACUGGCUGCAUUUGAAGGUUUGCCAUAUGCUACAGCCUCUGUCAUGUCAGCUGUCAGGGCAGGGUGAGAAAGGAGGAAAAGAGCUUGUGCGUGUGUGCGUGUGUGUGUGCGCGCGCGCGCGCGCGCGCGCAUGUAGCUCCCGAGUCCCUGCUGUCAGCUAACAUGUUGGUGCUAUUUUUCUUCUGACCUUAAUCCAGAAAUGCUCUCUCCUAGCUGUGCGUUCUAGCUGCUCAGGCAGCGCCUGCCCCACUGCUGGGCUUUCGCGCGAACAUUUCAUGGACCUGGUUGGCUAACUGCAGCCAGAGCUUUAUGAGAAAGUGCAUUUUACAGUUUGUUUUCUAUGGUUAUGAAUUAUCUACGGAAAGGCCACUUAGUCCUGAGGGGCUGUUAGAAAUAGACCACCCAGCUUCAUUGUUUGCUGACCAGAUAUCCGGGCCCUGCCCCCCUGCCUUGACGGAAGCCAAUCCCUGCUCCAUCUGAGCUUCCAUGAGCCCUGGGUGGGACCAAGAUCAGGCUUUUCAUUCCAGCUCAGUGGAACGCAGUUCAGCUGGAAUCGAUCUGCGAACAGCAAGUGUGACCCUGAAGCCGAGGUCUGUCCCGGGAGAAGCAGGUGUCUUUAUUCUGGGGAGAGCAGAGUGUCUGUACCCUGGCUGUCUGGGGUGAGGGCCGCCAGCCACCCACUGAUGAGCCUUUGGAGUUGCUUUUUUUAAAUUUUUUGUUCUGCUUUUUUCCGUUUUUGCUGUUGGCAUGGCUCGAGAUUGAACCCGGGACCUCACAGAUGCAGCACACUGAGUACCACUGAGUCACACCCUAGCUUUGGCAAGUGUUUUCAGCUCCCUCUGACCUUUUUCUAAUUGAACCAUGCUAGCACGUAUGAGGGCCAUCUAGGAAAAGGACAAAGGAACCGCGCUGUAGAUGAGGUAGAUUUGAGUUUUAUAAGUGGAAGUAGCUUCCCCGGCUCAUUUUAAUCAGAGAUUGGUAUAAUUCAGAACUAGAAUUUGUAAGUGACAAAAAUCGUAGGGAAUAAACCCUUAUGUAUUUUUCCAAGGAUAAAUAGCUUUACUGAAUUUUACUUUGAAAUAGGAUGUAUGGGGUCAGGAUCAGAACUUUACCUGGUGGCUUCUAGGUCGUUCUUCCCCACUGCAUGGUAAGAGUGAGCCAGAUCCCUGGGACUAGAGUUUUGUCACCUCUGCCCCAGGGAGAUUUAUAUGGUGGCUUUCCCCGGCUAAGAAGCUUGUUAGAGUCAGGCAGUGGUGGCACAUGUCUUUAAUCCCAGCACUUGGGAGGCAGAAGCAGGUGAAUCUCUGUGAGUUAGAGGCCAGCCUGGUCUACAGAGCAAGUUCCAGGACAGGCAGGACUACACAGAGAAACCCUGUCUCGAAAAAUAAAAAACUUAGGAGAGUUGCGUUUUCUGUGGAAUCAUUAAGUCUGGAGAUGAGGCCAGCACCCCGAUCCCAGGUUCCAGCGCACGGCACUGAGGGCCAUUGCCACUGCACCGGAGACCUCCAUCUGCAGGGAACAUUCCCAGUCAUCCCUGCUUUGAUAAUCCUCUGGGAAUCCUAAAAUUUGACGACACUACACACUUGGGAACUGCUAACACAUACCUGUGUAAAGUUACCAGCCGUCCGCAGCAGUGGUGUUCUUAGUUCUUGAGGUCUGUUGCUCACGUUUCUUACUCCUGCUCUUGAGUUGUGUUGCGGCCAUGUAAAAGGAUUCUGUAUUAAAGCGAGAUGAAGACACCAGA